UGCAAAUCAGAAGUUCUUUUUAAAUCACGCGUUAACAAUUAUUCCACAAAAAUAUUAUGUCUUGUACUAGAUCGCAUUACUGAUAAUUUACCAAACAAAUCAUUUACUUUGGGCCAGUACAAAAUCCCAUCAAACAUUAAUUUAGCAGAUCCUAAUUGUAAUAUAACAAGUCCCAUAGAUUUACUACUUGGAGCAAGCAUCUUUUGGCAGCUUUUAUGUGUAGGCCAACAUAAGCUAGGGAAUCAACAACCUAUUUUGCAGAAAACCUUACUCGGUUGGAUCAUAGGCGGAACAUUAAAUAAUCCAACCCAAGAUGGUAUCGUUUGCUUUAAUAAAAGCAUCAAUUGCUUUAGUUCAGUUGAGGACGAUAAACUCCACAAUUCUAUUGAACAAUUUUGGAGUGUUGAAAAUGUUAAUGACAUUUCUUUAAAAAAACAAUUGUCUAAUGACGAAGUAUUUUGUGAAACGCAUUUUACCAAAACAACAUCAAGAGACACUACAGGUCGUUUUAUAGUUAGUCUACCACUUAAGUCGGAUCCAUCAGCUUUAGGCAAUUCAAAACAAUUAGCCCUCAAAAGAUUUUAUGCAUUAGAGCGUCGAUUAGAUCGUGAUUGCGCAUUAAAGGCUGAAUACUCCGAAUUCUUAAGGGAAUAUUUACAGUUAGGUCACAUGUCGUUAAUAGAAGGCGAGGAUAACCAUAGUAGUAUUAAAUACUUCAUACCCCAUCAUGCAGUAAUUAAAAAGGAUAGCUUAACUACGAAGCUUAGAGUAGUUUUCGAUGCGUCUGCUAAAACUACCACCGGGUCAUCUUUAAACGACAUUCAAUAUGUAGGACCGACAAUUCAAAACGAUCUGUGGUCAAUUUUAGUUCGUUUCCGAACCCAUGCAUUUAUAUUAACCGCCGACGUGGCAAAAAUGUAUCGACAGAUCCUAAUAGAAGAAAACCAAAGAAACUUGCAAUUAAUUUUGUGGCGAUCUAAUCGCGAUGAGCCUGUUCAAACGUUUCGCUUGAAUACCAUAACUUACGGAAUGGCAGCUUCUUCUUUUAUUGCAAUUAGAUGUUUACAUCAGUUAGCCGUAGAAUAUCAAGCCAAAUACCCCAAAGCAAGUAAAAUAAUUCAAAAUGAUUUCUAUGUGGAUGAUCUGUUAACUGGAUUUAAUUCAAUAGAGGAAGCCAUUACACUACAACGUCAAAUAGUUGAAAUUUUAAAUUCAGGGCAUUUUGCACUGCGCAAGUGGUUAUCCAAUGACGCUUCUUUGUUAAAUAAAAUUACAACCGACAAUAAUUUAGAAAAAGGUAAACUAGAUUUAUCAAAUAGCUCAAGCACAAAGACUUUAGGUAUAAUUUGGAAUCCACAACAAGAUAGUUUUGGCUAUGCAACAACUAAAUGUAACAUGAAAGGUUCGGUAACGAAACGAACAAUUUUAUCAUCUAUCGCACAGAUUUUUGAUCCUUUAGGAUUGCUAGCGCCCAUUGUAGUUACAGCCAAGAUUAUCAUGCAAAAGCUUUGGCAAUGCAAACUUGCAUGGGACGAGUCGGUACCCAUGGAUUUACAUUCAAAGUGGUUGAAAUAUCGGGAAUCACUUAAUUUGUUAAACGAAAUUAACGUACCUAGGCAUGUUAUUUGUAAGACAUACAAUCAUAUUGAAUUGCACGGGUUCUCAGAUGCCUCAGAACAGGCGUAUGGGGCUUGUAUAUAUCUAAAAAGUAUAAACUCAGCUGGAAAAGCGCAAAUAUCUCUCUUAAGCGCCAAGUCACGAGUUGCACCACUUAAACCUAUUACAAUUCCGCGAUUAGAAUUAUGUGGUGCAGUACUUUUAGCAGAACUGUAUGAAAAGGUAAAACAAACUCUUGACAUUAAUAUCGACAAUUCAUUUCUUUGGUGUGAUUCAACAAUUGUCUUAUGCUGGAUCAACGCAAUCCCCACAAAGUGGACAACUUUUGUUUCAAAUCGCGUUAGCAAAAUACAAACAUUAACACGUAUAGAAAACUGGAAACAUGUACGAACGCAUGAUAAUCCAGCGGAUUUAGUCUCUAGGGGUAUAGACUUAAAAUCUCUAAUUAAUUGCACACUAUGGUGGCAAGGUCCAGAAUGGCUUAAAGGUGAACAGGCUAACUGGCCAAUUUCGCCAAUUCAGUUAGGAACCGUUAACGUAGAGCAACGCAAGGUAGUGGCUGUAAUGACUCAAAACCCAUCACAUUUCGAAUUAUUUUCUCGCUUUUCUUCAUUAAUUAAACUUCAGCGAGUCACAGCAUACUGUUACCGUUUCAUUCAAAAUUGCCGCCAUAGAAAUAAUAAAGUCAUCGGUAAUCUCAAUACUGUUGAAUUGCAAGAUGCCUUACAUUUAUUAGUCAAAAACGUUCAAAAUUUAUUUUAUCAAAAAGAAAUAAACCAGCUCAAGUUAGAUAAAUCACUAGAUUCGAAGAGUAAUUUACUUUCAUUAGCUCCAUUUCUAGAUAGCAAACAAAUUCUACGCGUUGGAGGACGCAUUCAAAAUUCGCAAUACAAUUAUGACAAAAAGCAUCCUAUGAUUCUUCCUCCUUCUCAUUCCUUUACAAAGCUACUUCUCAGACAUGAACACACUCGUCUUAUGCAUUGUGGACCCAACUUACUUUUAUCUUCGAUUAGAGACCGUUUUUGGCCCAUUGCAGGUAAAACCUUAGCAAAAAGAAUCGUUCAUGAUUGUUUACUUUGUGCGCGUUUUAAACCUACGCCCUUUUACCAUAUAAUGGGCAACUUACCAAAGGAUCGUGUUGUACCCACAUUUCCCUUUUACAAUUGCGGAGUCGAUUAUGCAGGUCCUAUUUUAAUAAAAAACAAAAGAGGUAGAGGUUCUAGGUUUGAUAAGGCGUAUAUAUGUGUCAUUGUUUGUUUCGCGACAAAAGCGAUACAUUUAGAACUAGUGAGCAGCCUCAGCACAGAAUCCUUUCUAGCAGCUUUUCGUCGUUUCAUAGCGCGCCGUGGACGACCCUCUAAUAUGUACUCUGACAAUGGCACCACAUUUAAAGGCGCUAAUAACGAAUUACUCGAAUUAGGUCAAUUUCUUAAAGGUAACGACAAUCAAAGGGAAAUUCAAACAUCGCUAUUAAACGAAUCAAUCAAUUGGCAUUUUAUUCCUCCGUCAUCACCUCAUUUUGGAGGCAUUUGGGAGGCGGGCGUAAAAUCCGUAAAAACAUGUCUGAAAAAAGUUGCACAUACUACUAAUUUUGUUUUUGAGGAGUUCACCACGCUAUUGGCUCAAAUUGAAGCCAUACUAAAUUCCCGCCCCUUAUGCCCUUUAUCCGUCGAUCCCAACGAUUUAGAUCCUCUCACCCCUUCGCACUUUUUGAUUGGGCGGAAAUUGACAUCGCUACCCGAAGAAGAGCUACAACAUAUUUCAACAAGCAGGCUCAGCAAAUUCCAGCACCUCCAACAAAUUACACAACAUUUUUGGAAACGUUGGAGUCGCGAUUAUCUCCACCAGUUACAAGUGAGAACCAAAUGGAAGAAACCCACACAGCAGGACAUUCAAGUAGGAGAUCUAGUGGUUAUUCGGGAUAACAACACACCUACCAUGCAAUGGAAGUUAGGUAGGAUUGUCGAACUUCACCCAGGAGCAGAUGACGUCGUCAGAGUGGUUACCAUUAAAACCGCGAGUGGCAUUCGAAAAAGGGCGGCAAGCCAAAUUUGCAAACUACCAGUUCGUGCCUGUGAAUAGUGAAAACAUGUGUUGAAAGGUCUCGUGAAAACCUUUCAAGGCGGCCGGCGAUGUUAA